UGUAGGUCAGCGCUAAAAUUAGGAGCUUCUCCUUCCGCGACAGCAGCCAAACUGCUGUGCAUAAAGUCAUGUAAACCGGGGGAUACUCUAUCACAAGGGCUGGCAGCAAACACAUGUUUCCAUGGGUGACAUUUAACGCCACACUUGGACUAGAGAGGCUCUGUGCGUAACAGGAACAGCACUGGAUCUACUGCUGCGCAAAUAAUGAACCUUUGGUAGUGUUGUUUUUUAAAUUUUUUGGAGACGCCAUAUGUACUCAGCUUCCAUGAGUGUCUGCAGAAAUGUCUUUUCUAUCCAUACCAAGCCAGGAGGGCCUUUUCACCACCAUUAAAAUCGACAGAUCCGCCGUGGACGCAGAGAGAAACUGCAUGGACGAUGAUGACGAUGAUGAAGACGAUGACAGCGAAAACGUGCACCUCAUCCCCAGAUGCUCCCCGGUGCCUAGAAAGAGAGGCCACUCCAUCUACGAUGAAACCGCAGAGUAUUUACGCAUCCAAUCGGCGCUGUCCGUGCGCAAGAAGGUGCAAUUCGCCGACACAACAGGUGGGGAUCUGGUGGAUGUGAAGGAAUUUGUUGCCUUUGACUCGGACAGUGAAGAGGAGAGUGCACGGUGGGAAGAAGAGGAGGCAAAGUAUAGGAAGCCGGAGAGGGAGCCCACUUAUCAAGUGUACCCAGAGUUCAUUGCACCUAGCGGGGGGGCCCUGCUGCAGGCUGUGCAGGCCAGCAAAGUGGAGGUGGAGCAGAUUUCCCCGGUAGAGGAUGAGCCCCUUGCUUUCAGCGGGCUGAUCAGAGUCCUGAACGUGUCCUUCCACAAAGCAGUGUACAUCAGAUCUACCAUGGACAGCUGGGCGUCCUACUUCGAUCACCCUGCCGAGUACGUGCAGGGCUCUAAUGAUGGGAACACUGAUCAGUUCUCCUUCAAGCUGUCCUUUGCUCCUCCUUACAUCACUCAUGGCUCUCGCAUCGAGUUUGUUGUGCGCUAUGAGACCUCUGAUGGAGACUUCUGGGCCAAUAACUCCCAGAUGAACUAUGUGGUGACUCUGCUCCUGUCCUAUGAAGAGGAGUUGGCUCUGAAACACACCGACACGCAGCAGUUAAGAGGUAUCCUGAAACCUCCCAGACCCUACAGUAUGGAGGAUCCCUUCGAUUCAGAGGAGGAGGAGGAGGAAAAGGAUGAAGCAGAAGAAGCGGGGACCUCCAGGUCAGGACUGAACAGAGCUCCGGCUCUCUGCCCGGUCAUCAUACAGCCUGAGAUCGACAUCGAUAUUGCGGUUCACCCAUCUGUUCCUGGCGUCCCACCCACCCAAGAGCUUCCAUCUGCUGAUGUGUCCGCUCACACCGUAUCCCCAGGUGAACUAUUCCCAUGUACGUCUUCCGAAACCACCCUUCAAACUAAUUCAUCCUUUGUACUCCGGCCAAAUAAGUCACAGCCUUCACCCAGACUCCACUGUGAAUUAAGCAACCAAGCAUCAGAGCAGCCCGCAGACGGAGGUCCCUGUGCACUGCUGCCUGCUUCAAAUCCCUCCCCGACACAAGAGUCAAGUCAGAGAUCACACAGCUCCCAGGCUCGGGGAGAGGAAGUUCCUCCCUCUGAGGCCUCAUGCAUGCAUCCUCCUGCCGUGGAGAUGAAUCUGUGGGAAGCGCCGGGAGAAGACGGAUCAACCGACAGCACGGUUGAUCAUCCUUGUCUUGAACUGCCUCCAGAACGCGUCUCUGAUCCCAGUGCGACCCGGCAGGAGGUUGCAGUGGGAUGGAGUGAACUUCUUGCAGGCUUAUCAGAAGAUUACACCAGGUCUGCAGAAAAUCACGAAGGCAGCACGCCCCAAAUCGUGUCUCCUGAGAGUGAGGCAGAAGCAGAAGGUGAAGCUCCACCAUUGCCUGAACUCUCAGAGGACAAAGCUUGUCAGUCAACCUGGGAAAAGAAGGAAGAUUCACCCGAGAAUCAACCAAGCACACAGGUUCCCAAGCUUCACACGGAGCAUGAAGUAAACAUGAAUCUGAUGCCGUCCGUCGUCUUUCUGAGCGGAGUCGUCUCCCUCUCCAUCGUGUUGCAGGAACCCACUGCCCUGUUCCUCAUCGGGCUGCUUUGGGUCCUGCAUCAGUUUUAAUUAUGCCACCAGUAAUCAGUUCUCACAUAGAGUGCCUUUUUGUGAUUCCAAAAAAAGCCAACAAGUUAAAAAAUAAACACACAAGUCUGUCGUUGAAGUUGUCGUGUAUCAUUGUGUGAGUUUUAGAUAAGUAUAAGUUUUCUUGAAAUUAAAGGGUACAAUGCAAGGAGGAAUUACACAAAUACUGGUGAUACUUUUGGUGAUUUUUCUGUGAAACAAGUGGUAAGUAAUAGAUUAGUAGUCAAUUAUAACCCCACUACUAAGGGCGCGUUCACACCUGAAGGUCCAGUUCCUGCAACAGAAGGUUAUUUCAAACGAUCCAGAAAGUUGUUCAAUUAUUGGUUAUAAACUUGGCCACUCGCUACGUAUGAGGAUCUCAUGUAGCGGCUGGCUGGUUAGCUAGCUGAUCUUAUUUGACCUUGAAUGCAAUACCUGAAGCUUGAAAAAUUACCCUGACAAAGUGGCUUCACAUUUGGCUAUAGCAUGAUGCUUUGCUACUCUGCAAAACAAGUUUGUCGAUUAAUUAACAAGUUGUUCAAUUUUGGCGCUUUAGUGACUUAGCGGAUGACUAGUUAGCUAGCUAGCUUGUUCUACCGUGCUGUCAUGCUUGACUGGUAACAGAACAUAAGCCAGAUGAGAAGCAAAUGAUGUGCGACCAAAGAGUGUUUAACUUUGCCCAUUUAGCAUCUGGCUAGUUAACUAGCAUGGCUGUUUAUUCCACCAUGCUUUAAUGCUACACUGGUUAGCCUACAGAAUAAGAUACACAGAACAGCGGCUAGGAGACCACACAGCUGUGAGAUGGGAGGCUGUAGCCCAUCUGUAUUCAUGAAAUGUAGUGGAAGUCACCCUCACAACCGGGUUACUACUUCACCAGUCACCAAAACAGAAAAAAAGCCACAUAUUUUAACCAAUUAAAUGAUGGAUGAAAGGUCUGCUUCCUGUUGUUGUUUCAGUAGCUAAGUGAAUCCGGUGCUCACACUUAUCCAAACCAAGAGCAGGAAGGUAAACGGUUCUGUUAAACCGGACUAAACUAGGCUGGUGUGAACGCGCCCUAACACUAAAGCACAUCUUAUUAUCACAGGUGUUUUGUAAAGGUGUCUGUAGCUACUUUUCUCUUGUCAUGUGGAGCUGUAGCAUUAUAUUUGGAUUCAUCGAUCUGUCCUCUGAUGUUUCUUCUUCUUCUUCUUCGUCGUUGUUGUUGUUGUUGUUAGUGUAGCUAAGGUUGUUGUCUAACCCGACUGCUAUGAUAACUUUUGUGAAUUCCAUGUGUUGUUUUAUCUUUAAUGAAGGACAGAGAAAGUCUUCCUGCAGUGGGAAACUAAAGACAUUUGUUUUACAGAAAUGUGAUUUUGUUUACAAAUGGAACAAUCUGGUUUAUGUGAAUUAUCUUUGCCUUAAUGCCUAAAACAGACUGACCUGCAGUGAAAACCAGUUUGAAAUGAAUGCUAGCCUGAGAGGAAAUGUGGAAUAUUGUCUCGUGUCACAAGUGAAAGUGAUUUAUCUUUAGCUAACAAUCACAAUUGCACAUUUGCCUUCCUCUUGGAUCGUGCUGGUAGGGGUGGGAAUCCCCAGAGAGCCAAAAAUACAAUAUUAUCACAAGACUAAAAGAUAUAGAUGUGAUAACAUAUAAUCAGAUCAGUUAAUCGUGAUGUUUCAACAGCACAUUUUGCAGUUAGACAAUAUCUGAUUUAUUUAAUAAAAUUAGGAGUUUUUGCACAUGUUGUAUUUAUUUUCCGGCAAAGCCUCCAUCUUUUUUUAUUGAAGACACAUAGAAAAGACAUUUGGGACAUUCAUAGGAACCACAGUUACAAAUGGUACAACAGUUCAAAGCUACUCGUGAUCAGACUAUUGUACAUCAAUUGACCUCCAUCUUUUUUUUGACCGAUUUCACGCUAGCACCGUGAAAACCCUUGGUGCGCUUUCUAGUGGACUUUAAAAAUGCACUUGAUACCAAACUAUUCUAUUUUUAAUAUGAAUGAUAUAUCUAGUAAAAGAUGUUUAAAAAUCACAUAGCGACACUAUAUCUGUCUCCCUCCCACCUCUACUUGCUAUCCACCACAUGUUGUUGUUGUUGUUGUUGUUGUUGUUGUUGUUGUUGUUGCGCAACAUGAAAUAUUACAGUACUACUUUGACAACCUCACAGUCUGAGGCACUGAAUGACGUUUGAAGUGAUGAAAGUUUUUGCAGAGUAUUGCCAUUAAAUGUGGUUCUGUAUCCUGUCAA